AAAAUCUGUCAAAGCUGAUUAAUGAACUAACCUAAUACACUUAUAAAAAUGGUAAAAUUUUCUACUGUAACAGUUGGGGUUGUUUUACUCUAUGUCCUCCCAAUUAAAUACAUCGUGACCUCAAUUAUCGAGUAUUAUAAAAAUAGACCAGCCCACAUGAAAAAGAAAACAGCUAUAGUGCUUAUGGACAAAAUUGGCAUGAAUUUUGAAAAAGCACGUGAAUACGCGAAACAAAAAUGUAAAUUAAUUAUGGCAGGUAAAGACGUGGUCAAAUUGGAACAGGCUAAACGAGACUUGGUCACAAUAACAAAAAACAAAAACAUUUACGUGAUUAUAGUAGACAGUUCUUGUAAGCAAAGUUUAAGCGGAUUAUUGGAAAGUAUUAUGAAAACGGAGAACACAAUCGACAUAUUAAUUAACAACGACGGGUUCGAAAUAACUGAAAUGGACUUAAACUUUCACAAGCAGGAACUGGCCAAAGAGAGGCUGGAGACUCAUUUUCAUAACUUUUUUUACAAACUUCAGUCAAAUACUCCUUAAAGUCACAUUAGAAAUAAAAUUGUUUUAAAUAACAAACUGUCUAUAGUUUUCCCCAUUCAUAAA